UAUACGACAUUGAAACAUCAGGCAUGGCCGAGGAAAGCAGCAACGAAUACACGCCUCUUGAUUUAAGCAUGAAAGACAAAGCUGCACCAAGUACAAGCUGUGACGGUACGCAGGAUGCUUCCAAUACUUUGGGCGCCUACAACACGACUUCUCAGGACGCCUUGCAUUACCAGAGGAACACGCAGCGCCCGCCGAUGACCGACGAGACUUGCAACGUCGACGGUGUCACUGACAAUGGCAGCACAAGCUGCCAGCACCUGGGUUCCGUCAGGAGCAUCGAUAAUGCUAAGCCCAGCACCAGUCGCGCUGGCAUGGAGGAAGCAUCAGCUAAUUCUGAAGACGGCGCCACGAAUGCUACUGGAACUGGAGGAAGAAAACAGCAAGAAUCCUGCGGUGUCAGAGCAAGUGAUCAAUCAUCUGUGAAGAAGUCGAACCACGAAUGCCAAACAUGUGGAUUUCUGACGACAGCUUGCAGUACCAGAGGAAAACGCAGCAUCCGCCGAUGACCGACGAGACUUGCAACGUCGACAGUGCCUCUGACAAUGGCAGCACAAGUUGCCAGCCCCUGGGGUCCAUCAGCAACGUCGAUAACGUAAGGCCCAGCACAAGCCGCACUGGCAUGGAGAAAGCAUCAGCCCAUGUUGAAGACGGCGCCACAAAUGCUACUGGAACUGGAGGAAUGGAACAGCAAGACUCCUGCGGUGUCAAAGCAAGUGAUCAAUCGUCGGCCAAGAAGUCGAAACACAAAUGUGAAACAUGUGGUAAAUUUUUAAGAAGGGAUGGCAAUCUAUCUGCACAUUACCGCACGCAUACCGGCGAGAAACCAUACAAAUGUGAAAUAUGUGAGAAAUCAUUCGCGGACAGUUCCCACUUUCCGUAUGCAUCAACGGAUCCAUGCAGGUGUGAAACCCCAUAUCUGCCAAAUAUGUACUAAACCAUUCAAAAACAAAACGGAUCUUAACAGUAAUCUCAAAUCACAUAGUAACGACAUACCUUUUGUUUGCAACAUAUGUAAUCACUCCUUUAAGAGCAUCUCAAAUCUUAGCAGACACCGCAGAAUGAUUUACGAAAGCAAGAUGGCGUACGAAUGCAAGCAGUGUGGAUUUCGUUCCACAAAGGAAGAAAACCUCGACGCAUACCUCUGCAAGAAUAUUAGGUGCCAAUUGUGCGACGAUUCAUUUACAGAUGCAUCUCAACUGAUUGAGCAUCUCGUUACGCAUACGAGUGGGCCGUCGUAACAGCGUGACGAGUGCCCAAGUGAAGUAAAUCGUCCACCGCUUUGGCACAGGAACACGACCAUGAAGCCGUGCAGCAAAUAACGCUGACAUUCACCAACAGGGGUGAGAAACUACCAGAACACAUUGUGUUGAGAGACUGGCUAUUUUGGCGUUUAAAACUGCUGAGUGAAGUGCAAGACGGAAACAAUGCCGCUUGAGUUUUCCAAAAUACAUGAAAAAACAUCGCCUUCAGCUGAAUUUGGGAUGCGUCAAUGUCGAAGUAUACUGCAGGUCCUGGAUCGAGCUCACUGUUUGCGAAACUAUGUUGUUCACCACCGUCGCUUUAGCAAACUCAUUUCUAGACAAACCCUAAAGGGCUGCAAGUUUGCGUUUGGGGUGACUAGAAAGUUGAAUGCUCGCACAAAAUUCUUGACGCCUCAUUUGUUUUUUUUUCAAGCGUUUUGCUAGUGUACUAGUAAACAAGCUUUAUUUCGCCGACCUUUUAAUCAUUCAGAUGGUAGUACCUCAUAUGAAGAACUAUUUAAAAAGGAGGCACUGCGUUGUCAACUAAAGUAAUGUCUCCUAAUAAUUGAGGUCCUUAGGCCGUGCUGCCUCCCAGAGACUGCUUUUAGCUACCUUAUUUCGCACUCUACACGAUAAUUCAGCGUAUGUGCGCACGGGCCGUAAGCCCUUAACAUGCCUGUAAGCAGUCCAACUUCCGCGGCAGUAAGGGUUUUUAACGUCGCUAACCCUCUAUGAUUUCGCUGCUUUAAUUUUCUUUACUGCGUGUUCUUUUGGUCUUCGUUCUCGUUUUAUCUUUUUGCGGUGAGCGCGUUUCACUGCGUAAAGUUUUAUUUAUCGCUCCGCGCAUGACGUCGUUGAAUGUAUCAGAACCUUCUGGGUCAUCCUCACUGAUUUUGUCUGCUGUCUAUGUUAUAGUGCAACCUUGAGUAAUAAGAUUGCAUGCAUGACGAGAAUAGUGCUCCACGUACUGUAAGGCGCUUGAGCCUUUGCGACUAGUAUGGAAUCUUCGACUAAACAUUUAUAAUAACCGACUCACUUAGGCCGCAGAUGACUUUUCCAACGGUUGAGGCAUGUGCUCGGUGAUAUCAUUAAGCCUGAAUGUAAAUUGUUUCGUGGGCAUAGUUUCGCUCAAUAAAGAGUUGGUUUCAUGA